CAUUUAUUCAUUUCCAGUAGUCCAGUUCGGUAAACUGCGAAAGAAAUAAAGAAUAAAGCAAAAGAGAAACCCCCCGUGUUAGUUUAUCAGAGAUUCCACCCUUUCGACUUCAUAGUUCAGAUUUAUAAUAGUAUAUGUGCUUUUUGUAUAUAGAUUUACACAUCGUAGCUUCUAAGGCAAGGGAUAAUUUCCUAUAUUAAUAACAUUUUGAAAGUAUAUUUCAAGUAUUAAGGAUUCGGACACGCGCAUUUUGUUGAUGUAUUGCUGAUCAUUCACUGUCUGCUGGGUGUCUGCUUCAAUUCUGCUACAGGUUCGCAAUUUUGAUCGAUAUACCUCUUCAAAACAAUUGUUUUCCUGGCAUCCUUGAAAAAAAUGUCUUGCAUAUUAUUUUAACCGGAUGCUGCUAAAAGCUUAGACCUUAGUAGCAGUGACAUCAGAAAAGAAGCAUAUUAAGUUCAUGAUGUUCCUGGGAUAUGUUUCUGAAGAAUAUGCAUUGAUCUUGCACCCAAUAAAGCAUUCUCUUCAGAAUACGAUGUGAAAGAAUGGUUCUUUUCUUGACACUUUUGGAAGAAGGUUUGCUGCUUCUAGAGGAGCUAGCUAGGGACAAGCACUGUUCUUGUCUAUCAAGAGUCAUCCGAUCUGGAAUCGAACUGUCUUAAUGCGUUAGAUGAGGCCAGGCAUGAAAGGCGGGGUCGAGAUUUUAAGGAUUUAUUUUAGUAUGAGGUGUGUCCAGAUUUUUGAAAGUAUGGUGAUAUAAUUGAUGUUUUAAGUAUUGGCACUUUAAAAUGACAAAAAGGAGACGGUUAUUGGGUUUCUAAGUGUUAUUCUUCGAACCAUUUGACAGGGUUCUUCACUCAUGCUAAUUGUCAAUUAAAUAUUGGGGAAGAAAUAUGGCAACAGAGCUGGUAAACUCAGCUACAAGUGAGAAACUCAAUGAAACAGAUUGGAUGAAAAACAUUGAGAUUUGUGAAUUAGUUGCCCGUGAUCAUAGCCAAGCUAAAGAAGUUAUUAAAGCUGUAAAGAAGCGUUUGGGAAGUAAAAAUUCCACAACUCAGAUAUUUGCAGUUACAUUGCUGGAAAUGCUAUUGAACAAUAUUGGAGAUCCUGUUCAUAAGCAGGUCAUAGAUACCAGAAUCCUCCCAAUGCUUGUACUGAUAGUAAAGAAAAAGUCAGAUAUAGCUAUACAAGAGAAAAUAUAUCAUCUUCUGGAUGCUGCACAGACAUCUGUUGGUGGGAUUUCUGGGAGGUACCCUCAGUACUAUUCUGCUUACCAUGAGUUAGUGAGUGCAGGAGUGCAGUUUGGUCAACGACCUCGUGUGAUUCCAAAAGAGCCUUCAUUAUCUUCCAAUGAGAGUAAGAACAAUAACCCUGGUGGCAGUGAGCUGGCCUCUUCUCAAAGUCAAAAGAAAUCACCACAACCAGAGACUAAAAAUGAUUCAGGUUCUAGUGUGCUACAAAAAGCCAAUGCUGCACUUGAAAUCUUAAGGGAUGUCAUGGAUGCUGUUGACCCUCAACUUCCUGAGGGAGGAAAGGAUGAGUUCACACUUGAUCUUGUGGAACAAUGUUCAUUUCAGAAGCAAAGGGUUAUGCAUCUUGCAAUGACUUGUGGAGAUGGUGAUGUAGUUUCUAAAGCUAUUGAGGUGAAUGAGCAGCUUGAUAGAGUUCUUUCACGGCAUGAUGCCCUUGUUUCUGGUAGGUCUAUAUCAAUGCCUAAUCCUGCUGGUAAUGAACAACCAGAGGAUGAGGAGGAGGCUGAACAGCUUUAUCGGAGAAUGCGAAAAGGAAAAGCACAUGUACAAUCUGAAGAUGAAGACCGUCACAUAGAUCAACCGAGGGGAUUACUUGGCUCAUCAGUUCCUGGAAGUAGACUUCACCGUCCGCUUAUAAGGACAGAAGAGUCUUCAGACCAUAAACAGGAACAUGAUAGGGGUAAAGCAGCAGCUGUUGCAAUUCCACCGCCACCUGCCAAGCAUGCCGAGAGGGAAAAAUUCUUUAGGGAAAACAAAUCAUCAAAUAGCUCUCCUACAGCUCUAACGGGGCAUGUCAGGGAUCUUUCCUUACACCGUCGCAAUGCCAGCAGCUCCCAAACUGGCAGCGUCGAUUUUAGUAACUAAUAAGGGAGACAAUGGGAUAACUUGUUUUUAACAAACAAGUGCUUUUUACAUGAACAGUAUGGCUUUUGCUUGAAGAAGGGACAACAGGACAAUGAAAAAGUUUUUUUUCACAAGAGUAAAAAAUCAAAUCACUUUUAAUGCUGGUUUUAGGAAGCACCAGAUUGGUGUUCUUUUGAAAAGUACUUCCAACUGUUCCAAGUGCUUAAAUGAGAAAUCCCCUAUCAUAAAAUAAAAGCACUGGUACCAAAAGUUAUCCCAAAUAGUCUCUGUGCUCUUGUUACUUCAUAUGAGGAUUCUUUUUAUUCCCAAUAGAUGCUGAACCGGAAUUAGAUGGAUUGGGAAUCAAAACAUCUAUCCCAAUUUGGAGUAAGUGCCGAUUACCUAACCUUUUGUUUGUGUUCACUUUUUAAGUUUGUCUAGUGGGUUAGCGUGGUAUAAAUUGUAAUGCUUAGUGAGUUUUACAAAUGUUGUGAAUGACUUGAAGAUGCUCGGACUUGAAAUGUUAUACUAGUGAUCAUAUUUGUGUCUGACAGAAGCGGUCUGUGUAUGUGAACACUCGGUAUAUAUGUAUGUAUACACAUGGAUUUGAUUAUAUAAAAAAAGUGUUCUUCAAGUGAAAAAUAAGAAUAAA